AUGGACAGGUAUGUUAAUAAUCUGGAUAUUAAGGCAGUAAAUAUUUAAAACACACUUAAGACAGUUUUUGCAAUAGGCUACACAUUUGCAGAGAACAAUUUGUCAAAUGUUCUACUGCACGAUGCAGCUCUGUUUUUCAAGUUAAUUUCCAGUCAUUAAGUUAUCUUCACAACGCUGACUAGAGGGCAAGAGAAGUUGACUUCGAGAUCUCAAUGAGUUCUUCACAAGGUAUUCACGUCAUCCAUUUUCUUUGUUCUCGUUGAGUUGUGCCAGUAGACUUCCACCUAAGGCACUCUUCCCACUCAACCAAUCCUGGCAGCUGAGAACUUUACAAGAUGAAAAGAGUUCCUCCUCUCACUAUCACCCUCAUCUCUUGUCUCCCUGGGAUAUAUAUGUCUUGUUAGUGGGCUCUGUGUCAGUGAGAAUAUGAGAGAUGGACUGCAAGCCAGAGUUUUUACAAUUACUAGCAUGAAUGCUUAGGCCUACCCUUUGACGUACAUAGAGCAAGCUUUCACCUAUGACCUCAAGCCAAUUCUGCUUUCAUAUUAACGUGUUUGAUGUACUAAGGUAAUUUUUUAUAAUAUAUUCCCUUUCAGCAUUGCCUCUAUAAGUGAGACCACAAGGUCACUUAUGAUCCGACUACAUCAGAGCUCUCCAACUGGUCCUGGAGAACUACUGGUUGUCAGGGCUUAAUUCCAGGUCUUCAGUAACACACCUGAUUCAGCUAAUCAUGCUCCUGACUGAAGACCAUAAUUAGUUGAUAUUUUGAAUUGGUUUCAUUUAGUAAUGGGCUGGAAUAAAAGCCUGCACACCUAGCUCCUCAGGACCCGAUUUGGAGCCCCGUAAUCUAUGUGAAGUUCCUACAAGCAUACUAAUGUAGUGUAGCAGUAGCCAGAGGUUACAGUAUGUCACCGAGUGAUUUAGUGCAGUGUGUUGAUAGCAGUCCCAUGUGGCUCAGUUGGUAGAGCAUGGUGCUUGCAAUGCCAGGGUUGAGGGUUCAAUUCCCACAGGGGACCAGUAUGAAAAAGUAUGGAAACUGUAUGCAAUCACCUCUGUAAGUCGCUCUGGAUAAGAGCUUAAAUUACAAAUGUUUCUAAAAGGUAGAUAGUGUGGGGCUGUUAUCAGUAGCUGUCCUGGUUGGCCUGGUAGUCCCUGCAGCGAGCUAGCCUGUGAUUCACCUUUCAGGUAAGGGGAACCUGUAUAGUGGGAUUAUUUGAAGAAUGUUCCAUCUAGGACAAGGAUUAGGUUUGGCCUUUUAAUCCUUGAGUCCAUGGGCUGCACCCACUGAUGCAGAAUCAUGUACGGCUUGUUUAGUGGUUUUGUAGUUGUGCAGUGCUUAUUUAUCUGACAUCAAAGGCUACUGUAUAAUUAAAGUAGGCUAGAGGAAAAGUGAAUAUUGACUUGCGUGCAGCUGUAGGCUUACUCAACUGUUCUAUUUACAGUAUUUAUUGUUAGUUCCGCAAAGUCCAUUGCUGUUAAAUCCCAGUUUGUUUGUGUUUUCUUUCUUGGUCACGUCUGGGAAACUUUGAAAAUGAGUUAGCUCUUUAUUGGAAUCGUCUAAUAUUUUGCUGGAAGUGCUGCUGCAGCAGUGCUAUAGCUGCUAAAAAAGGUGGAGAUAAUCUAGAGAUUUACCCAGUGUUGAUUUAACUGGGGAUCAAUAUCAGCUCAUGGUUUUCAUCGACUUCUUCACACUAUUAACUGUAUCUGUACACUGACAAGAUAUGAGAGCAAAAGAUUAUGAAGAACCUCCUGACGCUCAUAUAAAAAGCCAUUAAGUAGCUAAAUGUGCCCUUGCUUCGAGGAUGUAGUUAUCUGCUAGACCCAGGCACCAGAUACUGAUUGAGAUUUUGAUUGUAGGCAAUAAUGAAUGUCUUCAUGCUACUCGGCCCAGGUUCCUUGGACCUAAAGCUCCACUUAAGCAAUUACAGGGUGAAGUUGGGAUCCCAUUGGCAGUACCACCUGAACCUUCGAUAUGACAUCCUUGGUCUGUACUGACUCUUGACAAUGUAUUUUUUCCCUUCAGGAUCACCACUACAGCAGCUUGUAUGAUGGACCUGAGACGAUAUCCGCUGGACGAACAAAACUGCACACUGGAGAUAGAGAGC